CCUGCACCAGAUCCGCCCUGAUCUCGCGAUCACCCAUCAUGCCUUCAGCUUGGAAGUCGCCACUCGAGGGAUACGAGAACGCAGAGCCUCUGCCGACGACCACAAACCCGGACGGGAAGUCGCUAUACAACCCGCCGGGCCCGAAGUCGGCUUCGUACGAGGAGUUCCCCAACCCGAUUGACUCGUCGAAUAAUGGGUUUGAUUUCCACAUAUACUACAUGCAACACAGUCCGUCGGAAGCGCAGUAUGCGAAGGAGUUACAUGAACGGAUUCGUCGAGAAUUUCCGGAGUUGCGUAUUUACAAGCUGUGGGAUAAGCCAGUCGGGCCUCAUCCAGUCGCGAUGUUUGAAGUGAACGCAUUCAACCCACACCAAGUCGGCACUUUCUUCUCCUGGCUUACUGUCAACCGGGGGCCUUGCUCCGUGUUGAUCCACCCAAAUACCAACAACUCACUGAAGGAUCACACUGAGUUGAUGUCUUGGAUGGGAAGGCCGUUUCCGCUCCUCACUGAUCGGCUGAAAUCAGAGCCUCGCUUCUGAUUGCACCAUAAGUGCUCAGUACUUCCCGCACUGCUCGAGUGGCGUCGCCUAAUCCGGCAACGGACCUUCCUCGAUUGGUAUAUCGGUGCUGGCUACUGUGCUGGAGCGUGCUGGCUGCACGGAUUAUCAGAAUAAAUACAAUCCUGUCGUCACUAAACACAAUCGAUUAUCCUGACUAUUUCA